CGGACACCACAAGGGAAAUCACAAACUCCUGUCAAUCGCUGUUGAAGAGUCGGUCCCCACCCUGAUCUGAAUGAUCCUCUAAUCAACCCAGAGGAAUGUUUUAAAAAAAGAAAAUUAAAUAUCAACAAAUACAUAUGAAUGAGGGACUGCUACAACAUUAAUAUGAUGGACCCCUUAAUGAAUCAGUGAUUAUAAUCCAAUGAUAAAAUAUUAUUCUGACAUGGGCCCUAAUGAGUACUAAAUACAAAAGUAUAUUUUAUGCUACACUGUAGUAUCUGAGCAGUUCUUCCACCGCUGUCAGUCGGUUUUGGCAAAAUUAUUAAAAGCAAAUUAGAAACAGCUGAGACAGUUUCUUAUUAUUGUAUGUUGCGGCUCUUUAUUAUUUAACCAACAUUGUCGUUCCAAACCUUUUUAGCUCCCAACACCUUCAAACUAAAUCAUCACACGUUUUGACCUCAGUGGGAAAGCAGUGUUUUCUCGAGCCAUGAAGGAACAUUUUAACUUCAGGUUUUAAACCUCCCAACAUUCCUGCUGUCCUCGAAUCUCCCUGUGGGUAGACCUGGGAGCUGUGAGGCUUUUGUGGUGGGACUGGAUGUCUGGUCCUCAGGGCUCUGUGAGGACUGACAGGACCAGACCAUCGGGUCCAAAGAGCUGGAGUUCAUUUUCAGCUCAGACCUGUUCCCUUUAGGGCCCCGGGGCCAUAAUGUAACAGCCUCAGAAUGUUUGGCAUCCCAACCUGACCUACCACACCGCCCCCAUUUUCAGACAUAAAAGCAGGCGAAAUCCCAGCAGCUCUUCACUCUCUGCUCAGAGCCGACGACCAGCCGACCCUCAGCCAUGACCUCCUUCUCCAGCCGCAGCAGCUACAUGUCCUCCCCCAUGAGGAGCUCCGUCAUGAUGGCCCCCUCUGUGUCCUCCUCGUCCCGCCUGGGGAGCAUGAGGGCCGGCAGCGUGUACGGAGGAGCUGGAGGAUCUGGAGUCCGUAUCUCCAUGUCCUCCUCCUCCUCCUCCAGUGCUGGUACUGGUGCUGGCGGUGCCUUCAAGCUGAGCGACGCCAUGGACGUCUCUGUCAGCGAGAAGGCCACCAUGCAGAACCUCAACACCCGCCUGGCCACCUACCUGGAGAAGGUGCGCAGCCUGGAGAAGGCCAACGCAGAGCUGGAGCUGAAGAUCAGAAAGUUCCUGGAGAGCAAAGCUGCGCCGGAGGCUCACAACUUCAGCAGCUUCAACGUCCAGAUCAAAGACCUGCAGGACCAGAUCCAAGAUGCUGCUUGUAAAAACGCCACAUUCGUCCUCUCCAUCGACAACGCCAACUUGGCCAGGGACGACUUCAAAGUCAAGUACGAGAACGAGCUGGUCAUGCGUCAGUCAGUUGAGGCCGACAUCGCCGGUCUGAAGAGGGUCCUGGACGAGCUGACUCUGACCCGGACCGACCUGGAGAUGCAGCUCGAGGGUCUGAAGGAGGAGCUGAUCUUCCUCAAGAAGAACCACCAGGAGGAGCUGUUGGCGAUGCAAGCUCAGAUGGGCGGUCAGGUGAACGUGGAGGUGGAUGCGGCUCCAGCAGAGGACCUCAAUAAGGUCAUAGAGGAGGUCAGGGAGUACUACGAAGCCACUGUUACCAAAAGCCGCAAAGAACUGGAGGCGUGGUUCAAUGCAAAGACAGAAGACCUUCACAAAGAAGUCGCUAUCAGCACAGAAACCCUCCAGUCGUCCAAAUCCAAGAUCACAGAGGUCAAACGAACGCUGCAGAGCCUGGAGAUCGAGCUGCAGUCCCAGUUCAGCAUGAAAGCGUCGUUGGAGGCCACCCUGAAUGAGACUCAGAACCGGUACACCAUGCAGCUGACGGGUUACCAGAACCAGGUGACCAUGCUGGAGGAUCAGCUGACGCAGCUGAAGGCCGAGCUGGAGAGGCAGUCCCAGGAGUACCAGAUGCUGCUGGACAUCAAGACCAGGCUGGAGAUGGAGAUCGCCGAGUACAGGAGGCUGCUGGACGGAGAGGCCAGCGGCAGCACCUCCACCACCACCAAGACCACCAAGGUCAUCACCAUAGUGCAGGAAGUGGACAGCUCUGGAAAUGUGGUGACCAGCAGCAGCAAAUAAAACAGGAAACACCUCCGACCAAUCAGAUGCUGUGAACUGAGUCUCUCUGAGGUUCUUCAAUAAAAAUGAAGU